GUUGCACCUUAUACACGUCGAUUUUCUACCAGCCAAGACCCCGGCAAAAAAAAAUCGUGACCCCGGCACCCCGCACUCGGCAGCCCAAAACGCUAUGGCCCAACGAGUAUUUACUCCUCUCCUUUUGUCAAUACUCAAUAGUCAUCAACGAAAAUACGAAACGCAUGCAGUCCAACCUGUACUAGCAUACCACGUCCACACCAGAAGCCCAUAUUUGUGCGUCCUGCCUGUUGGACGUCAGGGGUGGAGGCUAGCAAGUAGCAAGUAGCAGCAGCCCAAAAGGCCAAAAGUCUUUUGUCUCUUGAUCCAGGGUUCAGGCGGCUAGCAGAACAACAAUCUGACGAUUGCUCUCCCGGCGGCGUUCUUUGCUAGUUUGCUUCGUCAAAACUGUGCUGUGCGUCUCCCCGAUGCGGCGACGUCCCUACUGCCUACUCCCUUCCACUUCCACUCCAUAGUUCCACUCUUCCCUUCCACUCUUCCAGGCUUCCUCGGUCAAUCGUUCUCUCAAGUGAUCAAGUCUCAACCUCGGAUUUUCUCGCGGUGUUCGCCUGUUCGGCAUCAAAUUCCAAGGCUGCUGGUCUGGAUAAGCUGAUGAGUUACAUAUAACCAGAGGCAAGCACCAAGCAGUUAGUCUCCACAUUUUUUGCUCGUGACUUUGGUUCAAGCAGAGAGGUUGUCGUUGCUCUUAUUCAAGGAAAUGUCAAGCAACCAAAGCAAGUUGGAACGAUUCUUGAAAAGGAAAAUACCCCCAGCCAAUGAUAAUGACAAUCCAGAAGGAUGCACUUCAAGAAGGGAUGACAAUACAUCAAAUAUCAAUCGUCCUAUUCAUUGUUCUUCACGAGUCCCACGACAUGAGGUAAAUUUUGAUGAACUUCCAUAUGAUCCAGCUGACAGAAGGAGAAUAUCAGAUUAUAUAGGCCCUGAUCUACAAGAGAAGAUCAUAGUGAAAUCGAUCAUUGAGGAAAUUGAUGGGGAUAUGUUUUGCCUAUUAGUAGAUGAGUCAGCUGAUGUUUCUGGCAAGGAACAAAUGGCAGUUGUUUUGCGGUAUGUUGAUAAGCUUGGGGUAAUAAAGGAGAGACUUAUUGCUGUUGUUCAUGUGCAAGAGACAUCAGCUUUAUGUCUCAAAUCUAACAUUGAUAAGUUGUUUGUUAAGUAUGGAUUAAGCAUAAAACAAGUCAGAGGACAGGGCUAUGAUGGGGCUAGCAAUAUGAGAGGUGAGUUCAAUGGAUUAAGGGCUUUAAUCUUAAGAGAGAACAGCUCAGCAUAUUAUAUACAUUGCUUUGCUCAUCAGUUACAGUUAGUCAUUGUUGCUGUAGCUAAAAAGAAUGAUGACUGUAGUGAUUUCUUUGACAUGAUAUCCCUAUUGCUUACUGUGGCUGGAUCUUCUUGCAAGCGUAAAGAUAUGAUUCGAGAAAAUCAACAAGAGAGAGUUAGCAAAUCCAUAGGAAGUGGAAAACUAAGCAGUGGAACUGGAUUAAAUCAAGAGCAAUCCCUCCAAAGAGCUGGAGAUACACGUUGGGGUUCACAUUAUAAAACUCUCAAGAGCCUAAGUAAUCUAUUUCCUGAAGUUAUUGAAGUUCUCCAAUAUGUUGAAAAAGAAGGUCCAAAUGAUUCUAAAAGACGUCAAGCACGUGGUCUGCUAGAUUACCUCAAAGAUUUUGACUUUGUGUUCCACUUGCAAUUAAUGUUGCUUAUUUUAGGACAUGCAAAUUCUUUGUCCUUAUCAUUGCAGAGGAAAGAUAAAGACAUCUUGGAGGCCAUGUUAGAGGUGAAAUUAACGAAGCAAAAAUUUCAGCAAAUUAGGGAUGAUGGUUGGGAUUCUUUGUUGCAGGUUGUACACUCCUUUUGUGAAGAACAUAGCAUUCCUAAGUUGGAUAUGGAGGAUGACUAUAUUGAUCGCCAUAAGCCAAGAAAAAAGACCAACCGCACAAACUAUCAACACUACAGAUAUGAUUGCUUGAACCCAAUUAUUGACUUACAACUUGCAGAGUUUAAUGAUCGUUUUAAUGAGGUGAACUCUCAUUUGCUUACUCAAAUUGCUGCUUUCAACCCCAAGAAUUCUUUUGAGGCCUUCAAAGUUGAGAGUUUAAUAGAGUUGGCUAAGUCAUACCCUGAUGAUUUUGAUUCAACACAAUUGAAGGAUCUUAGUCGUGAGCUUAACUUUUUCAUUGAUAAUGUGCGAGCUGAUGAAAGAUUUUCUAGCUUGAUCUCUAUUUCUGCACUUGCAAGGCUGAUGGUGGAUACAACAAAACAUACGAGUUUUCCUUUGGUCUAUCGACUUCUCAAGCUAGUACUGGUUCUACCAAUCGCCACUGCAUCGGUUGAGAGGUGCUUUUCAGCGAUGAAAAUUGUGAAGACAAUGUUAAGAAAUCGUAUUGGAGAUGGAUUUAUGAAUGAUUGUAUCAUAUGCUUCGUGGAACCAGGAUUUCUAGCCACAAUUCCAACUGAUGAUGUGAUAGUUCGCUUUCAUAAGAUGGAGGACCGUACCCGUAGAGGAAAAAUAUAGAAGGAUGGUUGGUUGUUGUGGUCCCCGAUUGGCAACCCUUGACGUGGAGUGUUGCCCUCGCGCUCUUAUCGAUAAGGAGACCGAAGCGAAGGUGCGCUUGGUGCUAGCUACUGUAUUGAGCAAGUUUUGCUCGAAAUUUCAUGUCUUUGCAUAGUUAUGUGACUUCACAUACAUUUUUUGUUCUAUUCCGACUGCACCCUAGGGAAACUUUUGUGUGGAUUUCUAUGUCCUUAGACGACUUCACACCCUUAGGUGUAUUUGCACAUUUUCAUGCUAAUCUGACUGCACCCUUGGGUGACUUUUGCAUAGAUUUUUGUGUCCUUAGACGACUUUGCACCCUUAGGUGCUUUCACACAUAAUUGUGCUAAUUUGACUGCACCCUU